AUGGGGAAACUGGACGGUAAAGUUGCUCUUAUUACUGGUGGAUCGGAAGGAAUCGGUCUUGCUACUGCUCAAGAAUUUGUUGCUGAAGGUGCUUAUGUCUUUAUUACUGGACGUCGAAAAGAAGUUCUCGAUGCAGCAGUCGAACAAAUCGGUAAAAAACAGGUUACUGCUAUUCAAGCUGAUGCAGCUAAAUUAGAUGAUAUUGACCAUGUCAUGCAAGUGAUUAAAAAAGAAAAAGGACAAUUACAUAUUGUAUUCGCAAAUGCCGGUAUAUUAGGUUUUGCACCAUUAGGAUCAAUUCCAGAAAAACUUUUUGAUGAUAUAUUUGAUGUUAAUGUUAAAGGUGUAUUAUUUACUGUUCAAAAAGCUUUACCUAUCUUGGCUGAUGGUGGUUCAAUUAUUCUUAAUGGAUCUAUAUGGGGGAGCAAAGGUACACAAGGAGCAAGUGUUUACAGUGCAACAAAAGCUGCUCUUCGAUCGUUUGCUCGUUGUUGGACUGUAGAUUUAAAAGAUCGAAAAAUCCGUGUUAAUUGUCUUAGUCCAGGUGGCAUAGAUACUCCUAUGUUAAGAACUGCCGGUGGUACAAAAGAAAGUUCAGAAAAAGUUAUGAACUACCUCGCAUCAAUGUCUGUUAUGAAUCGUCUUGGUUACGCAUCCGAGAUUGGUAAAGCAGCUGUAUUUCUCGCUUCAGAUGAUAGUUCAUAUGUAACUGGUAUUGAACUUUUUGUUGAUGGUGGUACAGCACAAAUCUAA